UAACCCUCUCAGUCGCAUGGAGAGUGUCUUCCAGUAUCAAUGUUACUGGCUUGGGAAUGAGAAGAAAGAUCAACUAGAAAGAUCAACUAGAACAUUCCUAUUACCUCAGAAACAAAACCAUCCCACUACCAAAGAGUCAAGUGAGUUAUAUGCAUAUUUGAACCAACCAUUUGUGCUUCAUUGCUGGAACCCUUGAAGAGCAGUUCGACUUGUUCAACCUGGAUCAGGCAAUGACUAAUGUCCCUGUUUAAUUUCAGCUACAGAUUAAAAUAUUCCAAUGGUUUAUCAUUUUUAUUGGAUCAAACCAAUCUGAAAAGACCAGUGCAGAGAGGCAAGGGAAUCUGAUUACCACUAUCUUAAGGUUGGUUCACCGAAUAGCAUUUUAUCUGAGAAAAGUGAAAGUAAAACUGGACUCAAAACUGGAGGGAGAAAAUUUUCCAGUUCCUGAAUGGUGAAAAGGAAAGACAUGGUUCAAAGAUGCAACCAACACCAAGGGAUCUGCCCCAAGAAUCCACCUUCCAGGUUCUGCACUGCGGCAAAUAUCUAUAUUCCUUCCAUCGCUGUCAUGAUCACAAAGAGUUGCCUUCUGCACUUCUGCCUCAUGAUGUUCUUCUUCAUUGAAAUUUUGUCUGAGGGCUGCGGUGAUCUUCACAACAAACUACAAGAAGCCAAUAAGGCGAACUUGGAACUUCUGAACACUAAAAUGGGAUCAACCAUUCCCUUACAAUGUGUAGAUGAUGUGAUCAACUUCUCAUCCAAUCCCAAUGAAGAGAAUCUCCCAAGCAUUUAUGAAUUCGAGGAACAGAAUGCCACAGUGGCCAUAGAUGAAAUCCUCCAACAGAUACUUUACCUCUUCAAUCAAAACCAUUCCAAAUUGUCCUGGGAUGAGAACUCCAUUACCAUUUUCAAGGUUGGAGUGGAGCAGGAAAUUGGGAAGUUGACACCAUGCUUGAAUGAAAGGAUGGAUGAGCUGAGAGGGAAAGUGAAAAGAUACUUUGAACGAGUCAAUGACCUCCUGAAAAAUAAGGACUACAGCCUGUGUGCCUGGGAGAUCGUCCAGAUGGAAGUCAGACAGUGCUUGAUAGUGAUUGAUCAACUCAUCACAAGGCUCCCAAAGGAAGCUCCUGUUAUAGUAGUGGAGGUGAAUGAGAAAGAUGAAGAUACAGAUACAAAUACAGAUACAGAUACAGAUACAGAUACAGAAGAAAAGAAAGAACCUGAGACCCCAGGACCAUGUACUCCACAAGGAAACUCAAAUGCAGAGCCCAAACAGGAUACACAGCCGGCGAUAAAUUUGCCUGCAGUCAUAGAUACUGUGCUCGAAGCACAACGGCAACAGCUGAAUGAUGUAGCAACUUGAAAGCAGCAACCCCAUCAUUCAGCUUUCACUGGGGUUCUUCCCGUGACACAGUUCUCAAAAGCAAAGCAAAUGCUUUCUAUUUCACCUGUUACUAAAUUGUUUCACUAAGUUUAAAAUACUGUAGUCAAAUUCAGAAAUAUGCAGUGCUACACUGAAGCCCUCGACAGAAAAUUCAAGACCAAAAGGAAUAAAAUGAAAUAAAAUAUAUUGAAGAAAGACGAAAGAUACGAUCAAGCCUGAAGAUUCUCUUUUAAUAUUUUUUGCAAAACCUCUUGAGGUUUAUGCUGAAUCCCAAAUUUGCACUGAAUAUUGCCAGCAUGGUCACUCCCUCAGAGUUGUCAGCUGUGAGGCUGCAACCAUUUAAGCCUCCAAAACAGAAUAUAAUUGAUUCCAAGGGCCUAUGUCUGUCAAAAGGGCUAUAAGCUCUAUUCAUAUU